GCCACGCUCAUCAGUCAUCACCACCAGACACCUUCAGUUGAUCAGCUCUAUCGCUCGGUGUUGCCAAGAAGCAUCAGGCAUGGGGAGGUCGCCGUGCUGCGAGAAGGCGCACACGAACAAGGGCGCCUGGACCAAGGAGGAGGACCAGCGCCUCGUCGCCUACAUCAAGGCCCACGGCGAAGGUUGCUGGAGGUCGCUCCCAAAGGCGGCGGGGCUGCUGCGCUGCGGCAAGAGCUGCCGGUUGCGGUGGAUCAACUACCUGCGCCCCGACCUCAAGCGCGGCAACUUCACCGAGGAAGAAGACGACCUCAUCAUCAAGCUCCACCAGAUCCUCGGAAACAAGUGGUCUCAGAUCGCCGGGCGGCUGCCGGGCCGGACUGACAAUGAGAUAAAAAAUUACUGGAACACGCACAUCAAGCGCAAGCUCCUCGCCCGCGGCAUCGACCCGAAGACGCACCGUCCGCUCAGUGUCACCGCCGCCGCUGCUGCCGCACCAAGCAGCCGUCCUGAGGACCAACCGGCGGCGCGCUCCAGCUGCUCACCGGAGACCAGCGGCGCCAGCAACAGCAGCGACGAAGAGAGCGGCGCGUCCGUGCCGUUCCGCUGCAGUAUCGACCUCAACCUGUGCAUAAGCCAGCCCAGCCAACAACCGUCCUUGCCAUCUACGUCGUCACCGCCGGCGAGGAAGCAAGAAACAGAAGCCACAAGCAGCGCGACGGCAGUGGAUGCAUCCAGUAGGAGCUACUCAGACGGGAAGAAGAUAUGUUUGUGCUUGAAUCGCCUGGAUCUGCAAGGAGGCGAGGGGUGCACCUGCGGCCAUGGUGGUCGGUAGUGUCGUAGUGAGUACUCACGAGUCACGAUUCACGACUGCUGCUGAGAGUAGUAAGCAUCUUUUGAUGCUUGUAGUUAAUUUUUCUAGUUAAGCAUCUUUGCUGGCUUAUCUUUUGUGCUUGUUCUUCACUAAAAUAUGUUCUACUUUGAUGUUCUUUCC